GCAACCCAAGGAAAGAAAAAUCCGCGAUAGCCGAUGACCGACGGUGACGAACGGCGCAUAAUUACGUUGUAUGUACGAUUCUCGCGUCGCGAUUAUUUUUGUAAAAUUGAGACUGCUCUGAGAUUGCGAGGACGAGUUCGUCAAGAUGGGGAAGGGAUUUAACAAUUACAUGUGCAAAAAGUUCUUCCAUCCAGCGUCGCGGGAUAAUCUGAAGCGGGUAUGGAUGGCGGAGCAGCAAGCGGAGGCUUACAAGAAGAAGCAGGAGGAACUGCGAGUGCAGUACGAGAAGGAGCAGGACCUUCACAAUAACAAGGCGUUGCUCAGCAAAGAGAGCAAGGAUAAGCUCAGCGUCAACUUCAUGUACGAACCGCCCCCUGGGGCGAAGAAAGAACGGGAGAAGGAAGACAACGAGCCUGAGUACAAGUUUGAGUGGCAGCGCAAGUACAACGCCCCAAGGGAGAGCUACUGUAAGGGGGACAGCGAGAUUCGAGAUCAGCCUUUCGGCAUACAAGUGAGGAACGUACGGUGUAUCAAGUGUCACAAAUGGGGGCACAUAAACACAGAUAAGGAAUGUCCUUUGUACAGUCAAGCGAUGAGCGUCGUGAUGGCGAAUAAUAAUUCGCAGAUGCCACCAGCCCCGGACACUAUGACGCUCGUGCAGCAGAUGCGAGAAGAUGGCUUGGCCCUGAAAAAAUCUGCGUUGGAUGCACAACAACAUUUACGAGUUCCGGGACACGAGCAUCUAAUUGUCUCGGAAGACGAGGAGCAGUCCGAACUGUCAUUUAUAAAGUCUUUAACAAAAAAGGAGAAGAAAAGAUUAUUAUUGAAAUUACAGUUACUAGAAAGGAAAAAUCAUAAAAAGGAAAAGAGAAAAUUGAAAAAGAAGAGGAGCAGAAAAUCUAGCAGCAACAGCAGUGAUACCAGCAGUAGCGAUAGUGAUAGUAGCUCCAGUAGCAGCAGCAUUGACUCGAAAGAUUCUCAUUCCAAGAAAACUAGAAAGAAGAGGAAAAAAGUCGACUCUAAAGAGAAACUUGUUCAUAAGACUUACAAGCAUAAAAGAAGACAGAAUUGUGACAAGCACAAGUACACUUGUAAGGAGACGAAUGGCGAUGCUAAAGAUAAGGAUCGUUAUAAUAGAAAAAGAAAAGUUAAAGAUAAGGACGAUUCGAGACAUGGUAAAAUGCAGAAGCACCGUUAAAUAAUAACUUCGAGGACACUUGUAAAAUAUGGAUGUAUCACUUAUAAAAUUAUUAAUAAUAAAAAGAACCGCUUAUUGCUGAAAA